AUGUCACAAGGGUACUGGGACGUCCAGAAUAGCCCCAAGGUUCACGAUGGUGAUAUUGAGCUAGAUCCUAAGAUCGUCGCAGCCUGGGGCAUGUGUGGAAAGUCUGAGCGGUUUUUCAUACUUUUCGACUUCCACGUCCUCCGCAAGGGCAACCCGCCGAUUCCGCAAUUCACGAGCGCCGUGGCUCAGCUCCACAACCUCAGCGUCAAAGAAAACCCCACUGGCAAGUUUGGCUUCCAUGUCCCAACAUACAACGGCACGCUGGAGCAGGACAAUCAGUGGACCGACAGUUGGGAGGUGUUCUACGCCAGAGGCAUGAGGCACAUGCUCAAGCUUGACGAAAUCGCAAGAGGUCCAAGCAAAGAGCUGAAGGACUUGAUGGUUCCUUUUUUCGAUAAGGUGAUUCCUAGACUUCUGCGACCACUAGAGACAAACGGAAGAAGUAUUACACCAGUGCUUAUCCAUGGCGACCUGUGGCUAGGCAAUGUGUCUGUCAAGGAAGGGACUGACGAUCCUUUGAUGUUUGAUGCUUCUGCAUUUUGGGGCCACCAUGAAUAUGAGCUCUCUUAUAUGCGCCCCUUGGGAAAUGACUGGGCACAGGAGUGCUUCAAGAGCUACCACGAGCGCAUCCCAAAGAGCGAGCCUGUCGGGGACUGGGAUGCUCGCAAUGCUCUUUAUGCUACUCGCAUUAUUGUUCAUGAUUCAGCCCUUUAUCCCCAGGUUGACCAUUUUAGAACUACACUUAUUAAAGAAAUGGAAAAGCUGGUUAAGCAAUUUCCCGAUGGCUAUAUUCAAGAUAGUUAG